CAUUCCCUCCAGCCCCAGCUGGGACUGCAUUAACCCUGCACGUUCUGUCUGCAUACAGGGGAGACAGUGGGGAAGCCCGACACUCCAGCGCCCGUCCCAUGGUGGUCCUGGACACAGCGAGAGUUGGGAUCUUCCUGCCACCCCAAUGAGCUCAGGCGGCUCCAGGCACCUCUUCCCUUGAGUGGGCACGGCAUCAUGGUGCGGAACGUGGAUGACCUGGAUUUCCACCUGCCCUCACAUGCCCAGGACAUGCUGGAGGGCCUGCAGCGGCUGCGCUCUCAGCCUAAGCUGGCAGACGUGACACUGCUGGUGGGUGGCCGGGAACUGCCAUGCCACCGUGGCCUCCUGGCCCUCAGCAGCCCCUACUUCCACGCCAUGUUUGCGGGUGACUUUGCCGAGAGCUUCUCUGCGCGCGUGGAGCUGCGGGACGUGGAGCCAGCUGUGGUGGGGCAACUGGUGGACUUCGUGUACACGGGCCGGCUGACCAUCACGCAGGGCAACGUGGAGGCGCUGACACGCACCGCUGCACGCCUGCACUUCCCCUCCGUGCAGAAGGUCUGCGGCCGCUACCUGCAGCAGCAGCUGGAUGCUGCCAACUGCCUGGGCAUAUGUGAGUUUGGGGAGCAGCAAGGGCUGCUGGGCGUGGCUGCCAAGGCCUGGGCCUUCCUGCGAGAGAACUUUGAGGCUGUGGCACGUGAGGACGAGUUCCUUCAGCUUCCCCGAGACCGGCUGGCCACUUGUCUGGCCAGCGACCUGCUGCAGGUGCAGCCAGAGCAAAGCCGGCUUGAGGCCCUGCUGCGCUGGGUGCGCCAUGACCCGCAGGCCCGAGCUACCCACCUGCCCGAGCUGCUCAGCCUGGUGCACCUGGACGCCGUGCCCAGGCCCUGUGUGCAGCAACUGCUGGCCACAGAGCCCCUGAUCCAGGAGUCAGAGGCAUGCCGGGCAGCCCUGUCCCAGGGCCAUGAUGGGGCGCCACCCCCACUCCGGCAGAAGCUGGAGGAGGUCCUGGUGGUGGUGGGCGGGCGGGCGCUGGAGGAAGAUGAGGCAGGCGAGGAGCUCAGCCCCCACCUUGGGAACUUUGCCUUCUACAACAGCAAGGCCAAGAGGUGGAUGGCACUUCCAGACUUCCCUGACUACCACAAGUGGGGUUUCUCCCUGGCAGCCCUGAACAACGCCAUCUAUGUCACAGGUGGCUCUCGGGGCACCAAGACAGACACCUGGUCAACCACUCAGGCCUGGUGCUUCCCGCUGAAGGAGGCCUCCUGGAAGCUCGUGGCACCUAUGCUGAAGGCCCGCACCAACCACGCCAGCGCGGCGCUCAACGGGGAGGUCUACGUCAUCGGUGGCACCACCCUGGACAUGGUGGAGGUGGAGAGCUACGACCCCUACACGGACAGCUGGACGCCCGUCAGCCCAGCCCUCAAAUAUGUCAGCAACUUCUCGGCCGCCGGCUGCCGGGGCCGGCUCUACCUGGUGGGCUCCAGCGCCUGCAAGUACAACGCCCUGGCCCUGCAGUGCUACAGCCCUGUCACAGAUGCGUGGAGUGUGAUCGCCUCGCCCUUCCUGCCCAAGUACCUGUCCUCGCCACGCUGUGCCGCGCUGCACGGGGCGCUCUACCUCAUUGGGGACAAUACCAAGAAGGUCUACGUGUACGACCCCGGGGCCAACCUGUGGCAGAAGGUGCAGUCCCAGCACAGCCUGCAUGAGAACGGCGCGCUGGUGCCGCUGGGGGAUGCGCUGUACGUGACGGGCGGCCGCUGGCAGGGCAUGGAAGGCGACUACCACGUGGAGAUGGAGGCCUACGACACGCUUCGGGACACCUGGACCCGCCACGGCGCCCUGCCCCGGCUCUGGCUCUACCACGGGGCCUCCGCUGUCUUCCUGGACAUGUCCAAGUGGACGCAGCCCUUCGGCCCCGCCCAGGAGCACUAAGCCAGGGCGGGCUCCCCGGGGAGGGGCCCCCACAGCAGCCCCUCAUCGCCCUGCGGAACGGUCCCCUUUCAUUCCCGCUCAUUCGUCCACUUGGAGAUACCGUUCCUUCCAGGGCUCAGGCUGGGCUUGGGCCACCAGGGGUGAUGAGACGGCCCGGCCCGGAGGUCACAGCCUUGGUCUCUGCCGCCACCAUACUCCGAGCUGAGCAGUGACAAGGGCCUGAGUGCUGGAUGCCGGCAUAACAGGGACAGGAAGCUCUGCGGCCCCGGGGUUGCUGAGACCUCCGAGAGAGGAGUGGGGGCCGGCCAGCGUUCCCAGAGCUCGCGCGCUCCGCUCCUGCCCCUGGGCCCCAGCGGGGGCUUCGGGAGCAGUUACAUGAAUGUAGGGCGAACACAGAGUGUCCAGGAAGCUGAGGCUGCGGGGAGGGCAGGCCCCGGAGAUGGGGUCAGCACCAGGCCUGCUUCUGCCUGGCUCACAGCAGCGUGACCGCGCCGGCCGCCUUCCCUCUCUAGGCGUCAAGCUCUGCGUCCAUCACGCACGGAGCUGGCUGCGUGGGCUUUGGGUCCCCACACAGCCUCUGCAUGUUGGUGCUGUGGACAAAGGAGGCCCUCACCCAACUCUUGCACCCAGUGGGCAGCGCCCACAGAGGCCCCAGGAAGGAGGGAGGAAGGCG